AGGACAUGUCUGAAUUUCUAUACUUACGGAUACGGGAUAGGGUUCCUUCCAAGGUAUGGCCGAAGUAAUUUCCGGCUCUUUGUGCAGGUUAUUCACGUUCUGUUGCCUCGCCGAAGUUUGAAGCUACAGCGAGCUCACGCUACGGGGUGAUAACCCGUUUCACUGCUCUUACAGCAUACUGCAACCCCUCGAAUUGGACAUAUGAAGCGAGCACCGAGCAGCAAUGACAAACAUAAUCCCAUUUAUACCCCGCAGCAUUGUGUAAUCAUGGUCUCAGGCACGCGGCCGGGAUAACUUGAACAGGGAUCCUAACACCGCUAUAUCCGCAUAGGUUAUCUACCUAGCUCAUGCUAUAUAAAACGAAUGAUGGUCCAUGAAUUCAUCCUUGGAUACUUCUUCUUCAUAGCCAAACAGCUUCCAUAUAUAAUUCAGAUUUUCAUAUAGUUCCCUGAUUACUACAAGUUGUCAAAAAUGUCUUACCAAGAAUGCUGCAUCAAGGGGUUCAAGUGGAGCGGUACGCCCACUGGGAAGAUCUCUAAGCUCAACGACAACGAUGUCUACAUCGCGGGCGACAACCCUGAUGUGGCCGUCAUGAUCAUCCACGACGUACUAGGAUGGACCUUCCCCAACGCACGUCUUCUCGCGGACCACUUCGCGAAUGAGAUCAACGCGACAGUGUACCUGCCGGAUUUCUUCGCAGGCGAGAUUGUCGACCCGGUCCCCAUCACGGCCGGGGACUUCAGCAAGUUCGACGUGGUGGGCUUCGCCAAGCGUCAGGCGCGCGAGAUCCGCGAGCCUGAGAUCUUCGCCGCCGCGAAGACGCUCAAGGCCAAGUACAAGAAGGUCGGCGCCAUCGGCUACUGCUUCGGCGGCUGGGCCGUCUUCCGCCUCGGUGCUAAGGAGCACAACCCCCCUCUAAUCGACGCCAUCUCGACCGGCCACCCGUCUCUGAUGACUAAGAAGGACAUUGAGGAGGUCGCGGUCCCCACGCAGCUUUUAGCGCCCGAGCACGACCCCCAGUUCACUCCCGAGCUGAAAGCGUACAUUCUCGAGACGUUCCCGAAACUCGGCAUUGAGUGGGACUACCGUCACUUCCCCGGCGUCGAGCAUGGAUGUAUGGUCCGCGGCAAUGAGAAGAAGCCCGGUGAGCGCGCGGCUAUGGGCAGGGCUAAGGAUUCGGCUGUUAGCUGGUUCAACCAAUUCUUGCACGAGUACUGAAUGGCUUUGAUAUUUAGCUGUUUGAAUUGGCGCACUUGGGUUCUGUGAAAUGGGAGAUUGGCUAAUUGUGGAUCUUAUUGGAGGACUCGUCGCAACCUAGGAGUAUAAGUUAAGCUAGCUAGUUUACGAUGUAAAUGUUAUAGUAACAUUGAACACUCUCGUUUCCAUGAAAUACGAAGCAUCCUUGUCGCCAGCAUUGUGACUAAAUUUCUAGGACUGGUCGAGGAUCUCUGGGUUAAGAUCAUGGGAUUUGUUA